UUCAUCCGGCUAAGGCUCGACUCGACCCUCUCUCUCUCUCUCUCCCACCCACCGCGAACACACACUGCCAAUCUCCUCUUCCCAGAUUGAUGGCAGCUGCGUCUGCUCGUUCCCCGCUUUCCGCUUCCCAUCCUCGCGACGAUCUCAAGAAGAAGAAUCUAAACAAGAAUAGUACAGUGGCCGUGGCGGCAGCAGUGCAGUCGCAGCCAGACAGACGCAGCUCCGGGAGAAGCGAAAGGGAGAAGGAGAAGGUGAGGAAGGAGAGGGAGGAGGAGAGGGAGAAGAAAGAGGUGGUCAACCGUAGGAUCGCUUCCAAGAAAGCCAUAUCCAUCAUAUUGAGGCGGGAGGCCACCAAGGCCGUCAUCGAGAAGAAGCGCGGCCGCACUAACUCGAGGAAACUCCUCCCCCGUACCGUUCUCGAGGCCCUCCACGAGAGGAUCACUGCCCUUCGGUGGGAGUCUGCUCUCAAGGUGUUCGAACUUCUUCGUGAGCAGUUAUGGUACAGGCCAAAUUCUGGCAUAUACAUAAAACUUCUUGUCAUGCUUGGGAAAUGUAAGCAGCCUGAAAGAGCCCAAGCUCUUUUCCAGGCUAUGGUUGAUGAAGGUUGCAUCAUAACCCAUGAGUCAUACACUGCUCUUGUCUCAGCAUAUAGUAGAAGUGGUCUCCUUGAUCAAGCAUUUUCCUUGCUGAACAAGAUGAAGACUAUUGAUGGCUGCCAGCCUGAUGUUCAUACCUAUUCCAUUCUCAUCAAAUCCUGUGUGCAAGUCUUUGCAUUUGACAAAGUUCAGAUUUUACUAUCUGAUAUGGAGAGCCAGGGUAUAAAGCCAACCAUCAUUACAUACAACACUCUAGUUGAUGCUUAUGGAAAAGCAGGAAGGUUUGCAGAGAUGGAGUCUACACUUAUGGAAAUGCUCUCUAACCAUGACUGCAAGCCUGAUGUUUGGACAAUGAAUGCAACACUCCGAGCCUUUGGUGGCAGUGGGCAGAUCGAAAUGAUGGAGAAGUGCUAUGACAAGUUUCAGAGCUCUGGCAUCUCUCCUGAUAUUAAAACAUUCAACAUACUUCUUGAUUCCUAUGGCAAGGCCAAAAGAUACGAGAAGAUGGGUGCUGUAAUGGAGUACAUGCAGAAGUACUACUUUUCAUGGACAGUGGUGACUUACAAUGUCGUUAUUGAUGCAUUUGGGAGGGCGGGAGAUCUGAAACAAAUGGAGUACAUCUUUAGAUUAAUGAAGUCCGAAGGGAUCAAGCCAAAUUGUGUCACACUCUGCUCACUUGUCAGAGCAUAUGGAAGGACGGGAUCGGUGGAUAAAAUAAAGGCUGUAGUGAGAUUCAUCGGGAACUCUGAUGUGAUGUUAGAUGUAGUCUUCUUCAACUGCUUGGUGGAUGCAUAUGGCCGAGCAGGAUGCUUGGUCGAGAUGAGGGAAGUGCUAGAGAUGAUGAAGGCUCGAGGGUGUACGCCCGACAAGGUAACCUAUAGCACCAUGAUCAAGGCUUAUCUCAGUAGAGGAAUCGAUGGUGAUCAUGUUCAAGGCCUUCGAGAUUUCUAUAGAGAAAAGAUUGCUUAACCAAUGAGUUCUGUUGUUGAGUUAUAAUUGUUCUUUAACAAUGAAAAAUAAUAGAAAGCUUUGUUUGUCUAUGCCUGGAAUUAAUAAACGUUAUUCUUUUUCCUUGUUCCA